AUGGACGACGAAAGCUCACUUGGAUCCGAUUCUGAGAUCAAUGGAUUUACGAGCGAGAGACAGACUGACAAAUAUGGAUUCAUCGGUGGGGCACAACAAUACUCUGUUGAAUCAGCGCAAGAUGUGCCUAUACAAGUGAUCAGGCAACGAGAACUGAAAUGGAUUGACAUGUUGAGCCACUGGGACAAGUGGAUGAUCAAGAGAUUCAAUAAGGUGAGGCUGCGGUGUCAGAAGGGUAUCCCUCCUGCACUGCGAGGACGUGCGUGGCUUUAUCUCUCGGGAGGCAAAGUGAAAAGAGAGCAGAACCAAGGAAAGUUCCAGGAGCUGGAUCGACAGGAAGGCGACCCCAAAUGGGUUGAUGUGAUUGAGAAAGAUCUCCACCGACAGUUCCCGUUUCAUGAAAUGUUUGUGUCACGAGGAGGACAUGGACAGCAGGACCUGUUUCGUGUUCUUAAAGCAUAUACCUUGUACAGACCAGAGGAGGGGUACUGCCAGGCUCAGGCUCCUAUUGCUGCUGUGCUGCUUAUGCACAUGCCAGCCGAGGAUGCGUUCUGGGGACUGGUCCAAAUCUGUGAAAAGUAUCUUCCUGGAUACUACAGCCCUGGCCUGGAAGCCAUUCAGUUAGAUGGAGAGAUACUGUUUGCACUGCUGCGACGUGUUUCUCCGAUCUCUUAUCGUCAUCUGGAGAAGCACAAGAUUGACCCUAUUCUCUACAUGACGGAGUGGUUCAUGUGCGCCUUCUCCAGGACCCUGCCCUGGGCCUCUGUGCUGCGCGUAUGGGACAUGUUUCUCUGUGAUGGUGUAAAGAUUAUAUUCCGAGUUGGCUUGGUUCUGCUGAAAUGCAUGCUGGGUACUCGAGAGAAACUGAAGAGCUGCCAAGGCCAGUAUGAAACAAUGGAGCUGCUCAGAACCAUAGAGCCGCGCUACAUGCAGGAGAGCUUCCUUGUCAGAGAGAUUCUGGAGGUGCCAAUAACUGCCCGUGAUGUGGAGAGGGAGAAUCACAGCCAGUUGAAGCGCUGGAAGAAGAAACGCGGUGAGCUGAACUUCAAAUCUCCUCCCAGAAUGCACGGCGCACGGAUCAUAAUGCUCGCAGAACCGCCGCGCAGACAGGACCUGCAGCAGAAACCAACUAUCGUCUUGGAGCAGCCCUCACCGCAGAUCAAGAACGGCAAAGGGGACAAGAAAAGCAAGAAGAGGAGCAUGAAGAAGGCCGCGCCCGUGGAGGAAAUUCCCAAUCCGUACCAACUUCCGAAUGACCCUUCACCCCCACUCUCUUCCAACCCAUCACCCCCACUCUCUUCCAACCCAUCACCCCCGCCCACUUCUAACCCAUCACCCCUGCCCACUUCUAACCCAUCCACCCUGCCCACUUCUAACCCAUCAACCCUGCCCACUUCUAACCCAUCACCCCUGCCCACUUCUAACCCAUCACCCCCUCCUCCUGCCUUUGAACCCUCCCCGCCGCCCUCCGAGCCGCAAACCCCACCUGCUCCACACACCAGCCCUCACGCAGAGACUGUGCCAGAAACUGUGCCAGAGACCAUGCCAGAUGCCGCCCCUGGACCACCUCUCCAGGAGCCUUCGGUGCCUCCUGUUUUAGACCCUCCUCCCUCUGCCAAAGAAGCCCACCUCCAGGCCUCCACCCAGAGCCUUAGCAGCACAGAGCAGGACACCUACCUGUAG